AUGCUGUGGGUUACCUUGCUGAGCACCAUAGCCUUAGGAUGGACCACCCCGAUCCCACUACUAGAGGACUCCGAGGAGAUCGAUGAGCCCUGCUUCGAGCCCUGCUACUGCGAGGUCAAGGAGGGCAUCUUCCACGUCCACUGCGACAGCAAAGGAUUUACAAAUGUCAGCCAGAUCUCCCAGAUAUGGAGCCGACCAUUCAAGCUCAACCUACAGAGGAACUCUAUGCGGAAGCUUUACUUUAACAGCUUCCUCCAUCUUAAUAAUGCCAUAUCCAUUAACCUGGGUAAUAAUGCCUUGCAAGAUAUCCAUGCUGGAGCAUUCAAUGGGCUGGGGAUCCUCAAACGUCUGUUCUUACAUGAGAACAAACUGGAGGUUUUCCGGAAUGACACUUUUCUGGGGUUGGAGAACUUGGAGUAUCUCCAAGCGGACUACAAUGUUAUUAAAAGGAUAGAGAGCGGUGCGUUCAGGCACCUUCACAAGUUGAGAGUGCUUAUACUGAAUGACAAUCUGAUCCCCGUGCUCCCCAGCUACCUGUUCAGGUCUGUGUCACUCACACAUCUGGACUUGAGAGGAAACCGGCUCAAGGCGUUGCCAUACAAAGGUACGUUGGAGUAUGUUGGGCGGAGCUUGAUGGAGAUCCAGCUGGAGGAGAACCCGUGGAACUGCGCGUGUGAGAUCGUUCAGCUCAAAACGUGGCUCGAGAGGAUCCCUUACACGGCAUUAGUGGGCGAGAUCACUUGCGAGUACCCCUUCCACUUCCACGGGAAAGACUUGCGGGAAAUCAAGCGCAGUGAACUCUGUCCUCUGCUCUCCGAUGCGGAAAUUGAAGCCAAGCUGGGAAUACCCCGAGUCCCAUUCAAUAACGAAAACACGUGGCCCACCAAGCCUUCCUCCAUGCUCUCCUCCUUCCACAACACAGCCUCGUCUGUGGAGUACAAGGAGAGGCACGUCAAGCCCACCAAGCGGCCGCGGCCCACAAAGAAUACCCCGACACCUCGUAGCAUCUACCCCGGCAUCAACCAGCCUCCCAUAGCGGGCUACCAGACCAGGCCUCCCAUCCCGAUCAUUUGCCCUGCCGGAUGUCUCUGCAACCUUCACAUUAAUGACCUAGGGCUGACAGUCAACUGUAAAGAGAAGGGCUUUCACAACAUCUCCGAGCUCCUGCCGCGGCCGCUCAAUGCCAAGAAACUGUAUCUCAGCGGGAACCUGAUACAGAAAAUCUACCGUUCCGAUUUCUGGAACUUUUCAAGUUUGGAUUUACUCCACUUGGGAAAUAAUCGGAUUUCCUAUGUUCAAGAGGGCGCCUUUAUCAAUUUGCCCAACUUGAAAAGCUUAUACCUGAACGGGAACGACAUCGAGAGGCUCACCCCCGGCAUGUUCCGGGGGCUUCAGAUGUUGAGUUACCUUUACUUUGAGUAUAAUGUCAUACGUGAGAUACAGCCCGCCUCCUUCUCCCUCAUGCCAAGCCUCCAACUGGUUUUCCUCAAUGACAACCUCCUGCGCUCCCUCCCCGCUGAUGCAUUUGCCGGCACCAACCUGGCUCGCCUCAACCUUCGCAACAACUACUUCCUUUCUUUGCCCGUCCGUGGCGUUUUGGAGCACUUGGACUCGAUUGUCCAGAUAGACCUCCAUCAAAACCCCUGGGAUUGCUCCUGUGACAUCAUCCCCCUGAAGCAGUGGCUGGAGAAGCUCUCAUCCGUCAUUGUGGUCGGCGACGUCAUCUGCAAGACGCCUGACUUUGCUUUCGGGAAGGACCUGCGCUCGUUGGAAGUCGAGGUCAUUUGCCCUGAACUCAAGAUAUCCUCGGGCCCCUCCCCGGCCCUGCCUGAUGGCGAAGACGUCACGACGGGAAGCAACUCCGACUUGAGGGAGGCUGGAGGGAGGGGGCCUGUGCCUCUCUCUGUCCUCAUCCUUAGCCUCCUCAUUCUCUUCAUCUCUGCUGUGUUCGUGGCAGCGGGGCUCUUCGCCUUCGUUCUGCGGCGGAGGAAGAAGCUGCCCUUCCGGAAGCGCUCCGAGGUGGAUCUGACGGGCCUCCAGAUGCAGUGCCGGAUAUUUGAGGACCCACCGAGGCAGAGCAGUGCUGGUAACAGUGGCACACCGGAGAAACCAGCGCCCAGUGUGCACACACACACUCAUCCCAGUCACACGCAUGCCCAUGGUCACGUGUACGAUUACAUCCCUCACCCCGUAACGCAGAUGUGCAACAACCCCAUCUAUAAGCCCAGAGAGGGGGAGAUAACAGAGGACGAGGGGGGGCAGUUUUCAGAGAAGAAGGACAAUUGCAGCGGCAACAGCAGCAGCUACAGAACCCUGUUAGAGAAAGAAAGGGAGUGGACCCUGGCGGUGUCCAACUCCCAACUCAACACCAUUGUCACGGUCAACCACACCACGGCUGAUCUCGCGGGAUUUCACGAGAACGGGGGGCUCUGCCCCACGGUAAUUGACAGCCAGAGGCCCACACCCACCGUGGGCUUCGUAGACUGUCUAUAUGGGACCGUGCCAAAACUAAAGGACAUGCACGUGGCGCACGCACAUCCGCCGGGCAUGCAAUACCCAGACCUGCAGCAGGAUGCGCGGCUGAAGGAGACGCUGCUUUUCACAGCAGGGAAAGGCUGUUACACUGACCCGUCCCAGAGUGAUUACCUCGAGUUAAGGGCCAAACUCCAAACCAAGCCGGAUUACCUCGAAGUCCUGGAAAAAUCAUAUAGAUUUUAACAUCUUUAUCUCACAGAGAAUAACACACAAAACAACCACACACUCACCUUUUUACCAAACUCAGAAAACAGAAGUCACAAGAACCAAACCAUAUGAGAAACAAAAAACUCGAAAAAGCAGCAUGAUUAAAAAAAAAAGAAAAAAAGAAAAAAAAGAAAGAAAUAUUAUAUUACAAUUUACAAAAACGUUUCCCCCAAAAAUUGCUUUGGAGGAGAGGCCAUUCUCAGAUAUUUCAAUGAAGUGCCUUUUUUCAGAGUAGCCAGCA